GCGGCUGCAGCUCCCGCAGCGCCGGGAGCCGGGCCGGGCGGGGAGCGGGCUCGGCGGCCAGAAACGCAGGAUGUCGGCGACUCUCUACCUGCUCUCCACGCUCGGCGGAUACGUCCUCACCUCGGCGCUUCUUCUCAAGUGCCCGGGGCUUCUCCACCGGCCCAAGCGGCAGCGCUUCCGCUGCCGGCACAUCUCCCACCGCGGCGGUGCUGGAGAGAACCUGGAGAACACGAUGGCAGCCUUUCACCAUGCGGUUAAUAUAGGGACAGACAUGUUGGAGCUGGAUUGUCACCUGACAAAAGAUGAACAAGUGGUUGUGUCCCAUGAUGAGAACCUGAAGAGAUCAACAGGAGUUGAUGUCAACAUAUCUGACCUCAAAUACUCUGAACUUCCACCAUAUCUCUGCAAGCUGGAUGUCACAUUUCAGAAAGAAUGUCACUGUGAGGGAAAAGACAACCGCAUCCCACUCCUGAAGGAGGUGUUUGAGGCAUUCCCAGAAACUCCUGUCAACAUUGACAUCAAAGUGAACAACAACGUGUUGAUCAAAAAGGUGUCUGAGCUGGUGAGUCAGUACAAGCGGGAACAUUUGACGGUGUGGGGGAAUGUCAAUUACGAGGUUGUGUCCAAGUGUCUUAAGGAGAAUGCUGACAUUCCCAUCAUCUUCUGUGCCCAACGUGUCCUCCUGCUGCUUGGCCUGUUCUACACUGGCCUGUUGCCAUUCAUUCCUUUCAAGGAGGAGUUCUUGGAAAUUCCCAUGCCUUCAAUCAUCCUCAAGCUGAAAGAACCACAGAAGAUGACAAGAAGCCAGAAAUUUGUUAUCUGGCUAGCUGACACGUUGCUGAUGCGGAAAGCACUUUUUGAUCACCUCACUGCUCGGGGCAUUCAGGUGUAUAUUUGGGUGCUGAAUGAAGAACAAGAAUACAAGAGGGCAUUUGAUCUGGGAGCAACUGGAGUGAUGACAGACUAUCCAACAAAACUUAAGGAGUUCUUACACAAUUAUCCAGCAUAAAGGAAGAAAACCAAGGAAAUUCUUGCAGAAUAGAUUGUGAGCCAAGGAUUUUCUUUAUUUCAAAAAUACUAAUAGAGCAGCAUACACAGAUCAUUUUGUUUGAAGGACAUAAUUGGAUGAUCUUGUUGUCAAUUUGCUACCUACUGUAAAGGUGGUCUAUUUAUUUUAAAACUUUUAAUUACAUAGUUUACGUCUGUAAAUAGCUCAUUUAGCAAUAGAGCACUCCACAAAUAGUGGUGAGUAGGAAGAAAGUUGCUAGAUAGGAUACCUGUAGAUAAUAAGCAUUAAUUUACCUGUCACAAGUGUUCCCAAGAAGCUGUCAAGACAUGUCAGUUAUUCUAGUUAUAUUCUAGUGGGCAGAAAUGAAAGAAUUUCUGGAAGUGCUCCCUGUGUGGCAGCUUUUCCUGUGUGGCUUUUAGUUUUCAGGUAACUUGUAGGGCAAAAAAGAAAAACCAUGCACGGGGGAAUAGAAAGCAGAAUCUGUGGCUCUCCUGAUAGUUUAGCCUGUGAAGUGUAGUCAGUAAAGGUGGUAAUUUUUUUUUACCAAAAAAAGUAACUCACUUGCUCAGUGUAGAUGUACUCAGUUAUUCUUCCUGGUAACAAUGGCACCAAGCACCAGUGCAAGGGUCUAGGUUUGCCCCUGAUCUACCUGUCAGGCUGCCAUGGCAUGGCAGUAGUGAGCUUUCCAGGAAGGAAGAGUGCACUUAUAGAUUACACUUCCUUUGAAGUAGUCAUUUCACAAAGGAAGCCAAUGUUAAAAGUCUUUUGCACUUUUGUUGUUCAAAGGUCUGUUGGCUUGAUGAAUGGAAAGGUGUUUUUAGGGUGAGGGACCAGACUGUGUUUGGUCAGGAGUCUCAGGAACAAAUCAAGAUGCUCCUAUUAAAUGAAUUUACCCAAGACAGAUUUUUAUGCAUACUUACAAAAGGAACAAGAAUCAGUCUAGGAUGUACAUAAAUUCUAGUCUUUUCUCUCCACAAAAGUACAUUUCUACGUGGAUGAAGUGGAAGAAGCUCCUCCUACGUUUACCAUUUCAGUGAACAUGUGAUGAAGGCAGCAAAUGAGUUAAUGCUGGUUAAGAUGGCAGUAGAUUCAGUUUCCUCUCAAUUUGUUGCUCAUUGAAUAGAAGAAAAUGCAAUUUCUUAACUGUUCAUAGGAAAAAGGAUGAAAUUAUUUACUAAGCUUUUUGUUUUCCUUUCAGACCAGUUAUGUAUGGUCAGAUAACUGCUAAUAAUCAAUCCAGUCAUAGUUGUUCCUGCUUUCUAGUAGUCACAGAAUAGUUACAGAAUUGGCUUCAUAUGCAGCUCAGUGGAUAAAAAAAAAAUCCCCCUUUCCUGUCUUAAUUUGGUUUACACUAGGCAGUGCUUGGCUCUAGAUUGUGUUCAUGCAGUGUGGUUUUCUUCAACUCCACUUGAUUACUGUGAAAUUUCCAACACACAGACCUAUCUUACAAUGCAAAUUUAAUUCUGUUCAGACAACACUACCAAACAGCACUUAUGCAUUAAAACCUUUUCUUGUUUUCAGUCUAGAAAGAGCUAAGUUUUAAAAUUUCUGGACUUGAUCUCUCAAGGGACAGGUGAUGACUUAAUUUCUCUCAAUUUUUCCUCAUCACUGCAUAAAAAAAACUAUUUUGCUUUGUUCUAUGUUGAAUGAGAGCACAGUUUUAGAAGUGACCAACCUAAUUUUUAAGUUUCAUUUUAAUCUUUCUUUCUAGCAGUGGUGUUGGAAACUUUUACCUUCAAAAAUGCUCAACAUGUUUUUCAAUGUCUUCCUACAUCUGAUGUAGCUUUUGACUGCUGUUUAUACAUGGCCUCUCUGAUAUGUCUGCUACUUCAUAUCUGAGAUUUGAGUGAGUCCUGUUACAUGGGAGGGAAGGGGUUCAGUGCUGGAAAAGCUGCAGAAUUUACUCAGUCCCUCACUUGGGCUUUAGAAGAGCUAAAGUUUGAUCUCUUGAAGCAGAUAACGUGUAGGUGAGGCUGUGAAUCUGAUCAGCAAUGCCCAGGGCUUAGGCCAUGGUAACUGUUUGUAACAAAGUAAUAUGGGAAUUGAGGUAACUGUAGAAUGUUUGUUUCAUCAAACCACUGUUUUGAAUAUUCCAGAACUUGCUGUGUGAUUUUUAAACCACUUGUACAGAAAAGCAUUUGUUGAGAACUUGCACAGCUGUCCAGGAGGAUGUUCAGUUAAUCUCUCCAAGGAGAGAUUCUUUUCAGGUACUUUUAUCUCUAAAUAUUGUUUAACACUUACUGUGUUCUCAAUCCUAUUGCAAAAUAUGUAAUGUAUGAAGGAUGAUGCAUGUAUUUCAUGCACUUUUAAUUUGCAGAAAGUCUUGUGGACCUCUCUAGCUCCAAAUGUAGGAACUGAUGUUUUUCUUUUCUUGUAAAGAAAGAUUCAUGCUUUUGAAAUGUGACACAUUAAAACAUCUUUGCUCAUAAAAAGAUCUAAAUACUGUGA